CGAAGAAAUGAGUGACAGAUAAGAUCAGUUGAUCACGUGAUUCGCAUCAUAUGACCAGCACAUGUGAAAGACCUUUCAUCGAAGAAGACGGAUGUAAACGGGAUAGUAACGUCUAUUCUAUUUUAUUGUAUUAUACGUAUGUCUUAUGGCAACAUCGUCCGUGAAUUUCGAUCAGAUUUCUUUGUUUCUUAUAUACCUAGGAGUAUGUUUGUCCCAAUGCAAAGACAUCCGACAUUCUUCGGAUGAUGAUCUCUUGUUACCCUACUCCAAAUCCCACGGCCCAUCUCAUUCCCACCGCCAUGUGAGGGACUGUCAGCCCGUAGCUCAUGGCAAUGUAACCCAUGAAACCUGGGCAGCAAGCAAACACUCUAACUCUUCAUUGUUUGAGUCAAAUAUAUUCAUCUCUGACAUCACCGAUGACUCUGGGCACAGAUGGGUGAGUGGCCACAUCACAGAGGUUCAUGACCCACUGAGAUCCGUGUCUGUUCUGGAACCAGGAGGCCCUGGAGGGUGCACGUGGAGUCAUAGAGAACUGGUGGAGCACACUGCCAAAACUAGAAAGUGCCUUGUCGCCCAGAAUGGAGGCUUCUUUGACACUAACAACGGGCAGUGUUUGGGGAAUGUCAUAAGUGAUGGGAAACUGGUGAGGAACAGUGGAGGAAUUCAAAAUGCUCAGUUUGGAAUCCGAAAAGAUGGGACGCUAGUGUUUGGGUACCUGUCUGAGGAUGACAUCCUGGAUCAGGUAAACCCCUUCGUGCAGUUGAUCAGUGGGGUGGUGUGGCUGCUGAGAAAUGGUGAGAUCUACAUCAGUGAGAGCAUCCAGGCAGAAUGUGAUGAAACACAGAAGACCGGAAAAUUCCAGUACUUUGUUGACGUAAUAUCUGCUCGUACGGCGGUGGGUCACGAUGCAGAGGGCAAACUCAUCCUCUUCCACGUCGAUGGUCAGACGGGUGUAAGAGGAAUGAACCUCUGGCAAGUGGCAAAGUUUUUGAAGGAACAGAAUGUCAUUAACGCCAUCAAUCUGGAUGGAGGCGGCUCGGCCACUUAUAUCCUCAACGGAUCUCUGGCCAACUACCCUUCAGACCACUGCAAACCUCCGAAGUGGCGCUGCCCACGGGUGGUAUCCACUGUGCUGUGUGUUCAUGAGAGGCUGUGCCAGCCGGAGGACUGCAGCGGACAUGGGCACUGUGUGGAGGGCCAGUGCGUGUGCCAGCAGGGCUGGAGAGGCCCAGGAUGUGCCAGUCUCACAUGCCAGAAUGAAUGUGGAGAGCAUGGAAUCUGCACUGAGAAUGGAUGUGUGUGCGAUGCUGGAUGGAUGGGUUUAAACUGUAGCCAAGCAUGUGCAGCAGGUUUCUAUGGCGAUGACUGCAAUCAAACAUGUGCAUGUGCAAACGGAGGCUCAUGUGAUUCUGUUCACGGACGGUGCACCUGUCCUGCUGGUUUCCAUGGAGAUUCCUGCGAACAAGAGUGCCCUCUUGGAUUCUACGGGCUGAACUGCAAGCAGCCAUGCCAAUGCCACCACAUGUGCCCAUGUGAUGCUGCCACAGGAAGCUGCAACACCACAUACCAAGGAGAGAGAAACAUCAGCCUGCACAGAGCUGGUCACUGCCUGGCUACCCAGAUGUGGAGGGAAUGGAGACAAGAGGAGGAAGCUCAUGCUCCAAAACCCUAUUUAUCCGAACAAAGCUGGCUGGUUGUCUGCGCUAUCCUGGCAACGUCGCUGCUGGCCAGCCUCGCCGGUAACCUUAUCCAGACGUGCGGAAAAUGCAAAGCGCGCGGGCAGAGGGCGGACUACUCCUACUUGCCACUGGGAGAGAUCAACGGGUCCGUGGAGCGAAGAAAGGGGACGAAGUCUGGGAAAGGUCUUUUUCAGCGAGAAAACUCUGACUCGCAAGACUCAUCAUAACCGUGUUUCAAAAUGUAUGCACUUGUGCGGGUUCACGCCAAUGUGUCAUCCAGCAGAGAGUGAGCUAGAUAGCCAGAACAAGCCCUCAUUAGUCUGAGGAUGAGUAAAGGGUUUGUUUGUUCAUGCUGUGAAUCGAUGAGCUUUUGGAAGGGCCUCUUCGUCUUUGGACUGGGGUGCACAAAUUGGCGCUGAUGGACAACGAGAUGGGCGUUAGCAUCCCAACAGCUGUCUGCGCGGCUCAGUGCGUUUACAUUCGCCCCUGCUGAGUCUGUAGACGCUAGUUCAACACAUGCCAAGUGCCCUGAUUGUGCAGUCCGACUGCAUUUUGCACAGUUUCUUGUUUGUUUGGGUUUUUAGUACACUUUCAUUGUAGCUGCUAGCAAUGCAAGAACCGGUUUCUCAAGUGACAUUACUCAUAGUUUAAAAUACUAUUUCAUUGACCGCAAUGAAGACUUUUAUUUUGGUCUUCAAAUGAGAAGAGCAGCAAUAUCACCACUAAGCCUUUUUAUUGACAGAAUGGCCUAGUUGUUCCACCUGUUGCCAUAGGAACAGACGAGUUUUGAACUAUGAACUCUUUUUGCAGAAUCCUUCCUGCAGGAACUUGCCAAACUGCUAUUUUGAAACUGUUUUAUUGAAUGAUUUAUUUUUCCUCCUGUGGCUCUAGAGGUCAUUCAGUUUAUUUUGAUUCCAGCCCUCAGCCCUUUUGUUUCGCCUUGCCAACUCCUGCCAGCCUUAUCAUGGUGCUGUUUUGUGUGUUGUCUUAGGCACUUAGAACCAGCCAUAGAAACUCGAUAUGAAAAAAAAAACAAAAAAAUCAAGGCCUGGAUUGUUUUCACACUCUCUAGGAAAGCAAGAGAAGGACAUUUCUUUUCAAAGUUGCUCUUUUUUUCUCUGUUCUAAAGCAGUGAAUCUGGGCUUUGGGAAGAGGUUUGAGAUGAAGUGUUUUGUCAGAUUCUGUUUUAGCUCUGAAGCAUGACAAAUGUUAUGGAAGAGGAACAUUUACACAAGUCUGUAGUUCCUGUGUUGUUUCCUGUUCAGCAUUCAAAUAGAUUUAGGCUUGUCUUGUUUUAAGAGUUUAAAAAUUUCACAAGCAGACACGGAGACGUGUGGAAGGAUGAAUUUCAUUAAAACUGUCAAAACAUUCCAGAUCAUAUUAAACCCCAGAAUCAACUGAAUAAAUAAUCACAUUUUCCCCUUAAAAAUGAAUCCUAUUUUGCACUCUAAACUUUAUUUUUUUAACAUUUUGUGAUAGUAUUUUAAUGACAGCAAUGCCCACUUUUCAUCUGGAAUGUAUAAUAAUCUCUUAUUUCUCAUAACUAUAACACAUAAAAAUAUAUCUGUUAAAUUGUAAGUUAUUUAUAUAUCUUGAUGGUACUUGUUCUUUCUUUAACAUAUGCUAAUUUAAAUAAAAUACAGUAAAAGCAAAACACCUAGAUACAUGAUGAUAAUGAGAAUUUUGGGGAAAUUAGCUUGUCAUUAAAAAUGACGUUAUGAAGCACAAAAAUAUUUGAAUAGACAACAUUUUUCACACAAAAUAUCAUUUCUUUUUGUUGUUGUUUUGAGGUGAAAUUUAGCUUGUACAUCUUUCCGCCCAUAAAGUGAUGUCUUUAGUUACAAAGUUACAGAAAUAUCAUGUCAUAAACAAAAGGGAAAGGUGUUUGUCAGCAGUGCGAAACAUUUGACUGUUUAUUAACUUCCACCUAGCUCACUGCCUGCUUUGCAUAUGUUCUUCACUGCAAGCGACCUCUAUGCUGCUCGCCUUGUAAGUGUAAAGCAGACAGGGACAAAGACUUCAAUCCAGGUUUCUGAUGUAGUUUUUGAUUUCAAUCUAAUCAAGCAGGCAGAUGCCGCACAGGUUAGAGAGGGUACUUGUACAUGAUGCUAGUCAGAGCGUCUGAGGCUGCUGACACUCAUUUUAAGUGAGUGAUUCUGUUAUGUUGCGUGUCCUUUUCUUAAACAAUAGAAAUUGCUAUCAAAAGAAUAUGCAUAAUAAAUAAUGGUACAUUUAGUUUGUUUGCACAAUUGCUUGUGCGAUUAAGGAUUUGAUUGAUUGAAAGUUAUGUUGGAUCUCUCUAAUUCAGAUAGUCAGGUUGGCUUGAUUUUGAGGUUAGUUACAGCCUAACCUGUGUGUUAAUUACUUUCACCCGUUUAUGUCCUUGCAGGAUCAUUGGUGGAUAGCCUUUUGGAUUUCAAUGAAUGUAUGAAACAAAAUGAUUACAAAAUAAUAUGAACAAUGAGAUUUUUCUAUAUGAAAUGGCAAUUAUUUUUUUUACAUUGCAUAUAUGAUUGUGCACAAAAUGGCUGGUUUUCUGCUGAGCAUCCUCCCAAAAUACAUUUACAGUCCAAAUUUCUAUUUUCCAUCCACUGGAUCAGUUAAUAAAAUUUGCCUUUAAUGAACUCAUUAGGUUAUAUAAAGAUUGUUAAUGUACUGCUUCAUACUUGUCAGGCUGCUAAUCAAAUACACUGCUGUUUUAUCUGUUUUGAGAAUUGUGUUCAGAAACAGAUGUGUCACAGAACAUGAAGAUGUGGAUUUUAUUGUGCUGUUAAAUUUUUGUUAAAAAGUGGUUGUUCUGACUAGAUCGUUUCAACAAAGAACAUAUUUUUGCUUUAUCAUGUUUCAUUUAAUUUUGUGCUGGUUUGUCAGUAAUAUUUAAAUGCCAUGCCAGUAGCAUUGUUUGCCACUUUCUAUUCCAUUAAACUCCUUGCAAUAUGUUUGGAACAUUAUUCUUAACAUAAUGCAAAUGAGAGACUCUCUUUGUCUUUUCAAAAGUUGUUAAAUAGCAUUGAGUCAAUGGGUUACAAAUCAGGUCACAUUUAACAACAAACAAAAUGACUAAUAAAAGCCAUUUGUGUGCUUUGUCAUUGUUUUUCACGAUUGUCUGGAAUUUUCACUUUUUUUCCACUACAUUACUCAAAACUCAUCUGUUUGUCAUAUUUGCAUCUGACCAGGUUAAAGAUGGGGUCAUCCCUCAUCUAAACCAUUUUAUGUUGUAUUCCUCUCAAGCUUCUUAACAACAGUAGAAGUGCAAUACUGUACACCUUGAGGCAUACUAGUGUGAUUCAAUGACAAAGUAUCUUCCUCAAUUUGACGUUUUAAAAUUGUUCAGUGCUUUUCAGGCCUUAGCUUGAUGCAUCAUGCUGUCACUUUUGUUACUACAUGCUUUAAGGUGUUUUGUAUGCAGAGAAAUAUUUAGAGAGGCACAAGAUUCCUGCGACAUUUUAACAGCAGUUUCUUUACGAGCCUCAACACUAAUGCAGUCUCACACAACCACAAGACCUACAGGUUCUGACUGACAGGAUGUCACGGCUGACAGCUCACUGACUCACACACACGCUCGUGCAUCCACCUGCCUGUCUGUCAUUUACACAUGAUGCAAUCCUCUACCCAGAUGUCACACUGUAAGCCUCUUUGCAUCAUCAUCAUCUGUACUCUCUCGAUCACUCUCCACCCUAACAGUCACACAUGUGCCUUAGGUGCUUUUAAGCUUCAGUCUGCCUUUUCAUUUUCAACUUGAUUUAUAUUAGAUAUUACUGAGGAUUCUAAUGUGUUGCAAUGUGAUUACAGAUGGUAUCAGACCAGUUUGCUUUCAAGUGAACUUUGUUUGGGGUCAAAAGCUUGACAUUUGUGACCAUGCACGUAUGUUUACAAUUACAAAUGCAUUCUAGAUGAUUUGUCCUUCAGGGUAGUGCUUUCUUGUAACAUUUGUGACUAUAUGGAUGUCUUUAGAACGUCAAAUUGCUGUAUCCUAAAAAUUUAGAUACAAAUUUUAAGGCACACAUUAAAUUAUGUACAUUUUGAGUUCGGUUGAUGUUCACAGGUGUAGCUCAUAACAUUUGACAUGUCCAGAAAGUGCCCAAAUCCAGUUUUCCAUUUUAGUUUAUUAUUAUUUGAAAUGUAAUCACUGUGAUAGUAUUUCUUGAAAAUAAAUGUACAUUUUGGGGCCAUUGCAAGUUUAUGCAAUGCGUUUGAUUUUUAAGUCUGCUUUGUUUAACCUAAGUGUCAGGUAGUAAACCAGGUCGUUUCAGAGAUCAUGUCUGUGUAUAUAGUGCUUUUUGUGAUUAAACUCUUCGUCAUGCUC